AACACAGUCUAAGAGUGGACCGAGCAGUGGCUACCUGCAUAGGGUUACUAGUAGCAGCAGCAGGCUGUGGGCAGGCUGGAAGUGUACAGAGGAAUGUUUGGAUUUCACACGCCUAUACCAGCACACCCUAAAAUGAAACAUAGACGAAUGGUUGAUUGAGAGGGGAGAAAGAGCAAGAGAGAAGAAAAAAGCAAAGGCUCACAGAGGAUUGAGAAAAAGAAGGCUGACAGAUUAAGUAGCGUGAGGAAGGCAAAGAAAGGUGAGCAGAGCCGCUAAUGUGUUGCGAGAGAGAGGAUCUGCUGGGAGAGCACAGACUGGAGCACCAUCACUGAGUGAAUUAGUACUGUCCCUCCUGCUGAAACCCACCUGGAACAACCAGAACAGCUGCACGCCAAGCAAAGAAAGAGACAGAGACGUGAAUACGCAUCUUUGCAGCAGCGCGGAAACACUGUCAGAACAGGCGGGCAAGUUGCUACAUUGCCAAACAGGUGAAGUCUGCAACGCAAGAGCGUAUAGACACUAGAUAGGAGGAAGUAUCAAGAUGAUGUCUACAAGGCGCAAUUGGCCUUGCCACUCCCUCUCUGAUGACUGUGAGGAGGCCAAUGGAAACCAUGCAAAUCCUGGACCAGAACCUGAACCUGAAGAACUGGAUUGGGAUAGCUAUAGCACCACACUGGAGCACAGAUUAGCAGCUGAGCAGGAGACUGCCCAGGCGUCUGAGCAGCACUGUGUCCAGCUGGAGAAGGCCCGGCGUGAGCUGGAGCGGCAGCUGUCAGGCCUGUCAGACCGUCUGGAGGAGGAGGAGGCCUGCUCAGCCCAGCUGGCCCUCCACCGGGACAGGCUGGAGGCCAACUGCAGCAGCCUCAGAAGAGACCUGGAUGAACUGGAGAGCGCCCUGACUGUGGCUGAGCAGGAUAAACAGUCAUCCGACAGUGAGAUAAGGAGGCUGACAGAACAGCUUUUUCAGAAGGAGGAGGCGGUGCAGAAGCUCCAGAAGGAGAAAGAACAUCUGGUGGAGCUCAGCCAGCAGGCCAUUGAGGACCUGCAGAGCGAAGAGGAGAAGGUGAACCUGCUGACCAAAGAGAAAACCAAGCUACAGAUGCAAGCUGAAGACUUGGAGUACCGGCUGGAGCAGGAACGGCGUCAGCGCGGCGAGCUGGAGAAGAGCAGGAGGAAGCUGGAGGGUGAUAGCAGAUCCACACAGGAGAGUCUGGGAGAGAUGGAGAAGAAUAGGAGUGGACUGGAAGACCUCAUCAAAAGGAAGGACCUGGAGAUCAGCAGUACCAGCUCCAAGCUAGAAGCAGAAGAGGCACUCAACAUUGGACUGCAGAGGAAGAGCAAAGAGCUGCAGGCUCGCAUUGAGGAGCUGGAGGAGGAGCUGGAAGCAGAGCGGGCCAUGAGAGGCAAGGUUGAGAAGCAGAGAGCAGAUCUAACCAGAGAAAUGGAUGAUCUCACUGACCGACUGGAGGAGGCAGGAGGGGUCACGGCCUCGCAGAUGGAGGUUAACAAGAAGCGAGAGGCUGAGCUGCAGCGUCUGAGACGAGACCUGGAGGAGUCCUCGGUCCAGUCAGAGGCGCUGGCUGCGUCUCUGCGGAAACGGCACGGUGAUGCCAUGGCAGAGCUGAGCGAGCAGUGUGAGGCUCUGCAGCGGGUCAGGGCCAAACUAGAGAAGGAGAAGCAGAACCUGAGGAUAGAGGUGGACGAGCUGGCCGCAUCUCUGGACAGUCUGCAGAAAGCCAAGACGUCCUCAGAAAGCCAGAUGAAGAAGCUGGAGGAGCAGCUGUCAGAAGCCAACAGGAGAGGAGACGACCUGCAGAGGGCCCUGACUGAGCUCAGUGUGGCCAAGAACAGACUCACAGCUGAUAAUGCAGACGUGGGUCGACAGAUGGAGGAGGCAGAGAGCAGAGCCAGCCAGCUGAGCCGCUCCAAGACUCUGCUCCAAUCCCAACUGGAAGAACUGAAGAAACAACUGGACGAGGAGGUCAAGUGUAAGCAGGCGGUCAGCAGCAGUCUGAGCUCAGUGCGGCAGGAGUGCGAGGUGCUGAAGGAGCAGCUGGAUGAGGAGCAGGAGAGCAAGCAGGAGCUGCAGCGUCUCGUCUCCAAACUCAACAGCGAGGUGACGCACUGGAGGACCAAACACGAGUCCGACACCAUCCAGCACGCCGACGAGCUGGAGGACACCAAGAAGAAGCUGGCAACCAGGCUUCAGGAGGCUGAGGAGGCUGUGGAAGCCACCCAAGCUAAAUGUUCUUCACUGGAGAAAACCAAACAGAGGUUGCAGGGAGAGGUGGAGGAGCUCUGCAUGGACCUGGAGAAGGCCAGCAGCUGCGGUCAGGCUCUGGAUAAGAAGCAGCGGAUCCUGGAGAAGCAGCUCGGAGACUGGAAGCAGAAGUGUGAGGAGCUGGUGGCCGAGGUGGAAGGCUGCCAGAAGGAGAGCAGGCAACACGCCAGCGAGCUCUUCAAACUCAAGACAGCCCAUGAAGAAUCUCUGGAGCAGCUGGAGGCCCUACGCAGGGAGAACAAGGCCUACCAGGAGGAGAUAGCUGACCUUACAGACCAGCUCUCAGAUGGAGGUAAAAGUGUCCAUGAGCUCCAGAAAGCAAAGAAGAAAAUUGAGAUGGAGAAAGAAGAGUUACAGGCCUCACUGGAGGAAUCUGAGGCCGCUUUGGAGGCGGAGGAGACCAAGGUGCUGAGGCUGCAGCUGGAGUUGUCUCAGGCUAAAGGAGACCUGGAGCGCAGAUUUCAGGAGAAAGAGGAAGAGAUAGAAGUCGCUAGAAAAAGCCACCAGAGGGCGCUGGAGUCCCUGCAAGCCACUCUGGAUGUGGAGGUGAAAGGAAAAGCAGAGGGACUGAAGCUGAAGAAGAAGCUGGAGGCUGACGUCACUGAGCUGGAGCUGCAGGUUGACCUGCUCACCAAGAACAAUGCAGAGCUCAGCAAGAACAGCAAGAAGAUGCAGCAACAGAUUAAGGAGCUGCAGGCUCAGUUGGAGGAGGAGGUAAGGAGCCACGAGGAGCGCAGGGAGGAGCAGGCAGCCGUGGAACGACGCUGCACUCUAUUGGUCAGCGAGGGGGAGGAGACUCGCGCAGCUCUGGAGAGCGCAGAGAGGGCCCGCAAGGCCCUGGAGACUGAGCUGCAGGAGACUAACGAGAAACACAGCGACCUCAACAACCAGUUCCAGUUGGCUCUGAGUGGGAGGAGGAAGCUCGAGGUGGAUCUCCAGACUCUGCAGCAGGAGCACGAGGAGCUGCAAGGAGAGCUGAGAGGACUCACAGACAAGGCCAAGAAGGCCAGCUGUGAGUUGGCGCGAGUGGGAGAGGAGCUGCGUCUGGAGCAGGAGCACACGCUCCACCUGGAGAGAGUGAAGAAAGGUCUGGAGGCUCAGAUCAAAGACAUGAGCAGCAGGCUGGACGAGGCCGAGCAGAUGGCUCUGAAAGGAGGCAAGAAGAUCAUCCAGAAGUUGGAGGGAAAGGUGAAGGAGCUGGAGCUGGAGUUGGACUCGGAGCAGAAGCGGCACGCUGAGACGGUGAAGACGCUGCGGAAGAACGAGCGACGGCUGAAGGAGCUGCUGUUUCAGUCAGAGGAGGACCAGAAGAACCAGCAGAGGAUGCAGGAGCUGGUGGAGAGGCUGCAGAACAAGAUGAAGGCCUACAAGAGACAAGUGGAGGAGGCUGAGGAACAAGCUAACAUGAACCUGGCGAAGUACAGGAAGACCGUCCAUGAGCUGGAUGACGCUGAGGAGCGAGCUGACAUUGCUGAGUCAGCACUCACCAAGAUCAGGACCAAGAACAGAGGCAGCUUCGGCAAGGGAUACUCCUCUGGUUACAGCACUCCUUACCCGGGCCUGGUCAGGUCCCCCAGCUCUGUGGGCUCAGAGGGCAGAGGGGAGAAGAUCCUCAACGACGACAACGAGUCUGUCAGCUCCCUCAUCCCAGCGUAUCUCGACUCCCUCAAGAAACUCAUGAUUGACUAGAACCACAGCUGUGACAGCUCCGACUCUCUCCAGGUGCUACAUCAUCCUGACCCUGAUGUCUUUUGAAGAAGUGGUACAGUAUGAAGUUUGAAACAUCAGAGAGGCUGAAACUGCAGUUUCACAGCACAUUCAGGUCAUAAACAAACCAUUCAAUGUGUGUCACCUGUUUGUGUAUGCUGUACAUUCCCAUGAAUUUUUCUACAAUGUACUCAUUCCUUCCUCUCUUUGAUAUUACUGCAGUCUGUAAGAUCACAGCUUUAAUAACACACUCUUGCUUUAAUUCAACACACUUUUAUAUCCACCUCAUAAUGUAAUAUUUGUGUGUAAAAACAGAUUGAAUAUGGAAAACUGUACUGUAAGUGUUCCAAAAUCCCACUUAAAGGUAACACUUUAUUACAACGACCGGUUAGAAGUCAUUUUUAAGCCAUCAGUUAAUUAUGAACAGCAUUAGCAACUCUUUUAUUUGCAUUUGUAAAUGACAAAAUAAUUAUAUAUCAUUCAUCUAUUGUUAGUCAUUACAGAAAUGUCUGAAGCUGUUAAUCUAAAGUAUAAACUAUUCACCAUUUGAAAAUGCGUAGUGUACCACAUAAACUGUCCAAACAAUGUUGUCUCUACUCAUAUUGUGAAAUAAUAAAGCAAGACAAAAAUAGAAGAAGAAACAAUGUAUUCAACAAUGCCUCACCUUCAUUAAAUCAACAACAUAGAAGAGCUAAAGCUGCAGUUAACGCUAGCAAAAUCAGAUAACCUCAUCUGUACACUAACGUUAACGUUAUUUAAAUGUUUCACAACUGCUACGGACUAGAAGGUAGAGGUAAUGUACUAAAUAAGCACCAUAUUCUGUAACUUUAAAUAACUAGUAACUUUUAGAACAUUUUCUAUUAGCUAGUACAGCAGAACAAUGAGGCAGGCAAAUAUGUAGGAUUUUAGGCAACAAGGCUAGGCGGUUAGCCCAGAAGUCUAGGUUAGCAAGUUAGCUUUUGUUGAUUCCUGACGGUGAUAUUCUGAAGCACAUGAAAAAUUCUGAACAAAACUUUAUACACUUCAAGCUACAGCCUACAUUUCUACCUACUAAAUAUGUAGCCAAUAUUUCUUACCUGCGAGCAAAAUAUGUGAAAACCCUUAGAUGAAUACAAUCAGCUACAACAGCAGCUAUCGUGUACAGUCAAACUGGUUCAAACCGGUUAAAACUGGUGAAGCUAGCAGUGUAAGUCAAUCACAUUUGAGAGUGACUGUCUACUGUAAAUAUUAUAUAUAAAUUACAUAAAAUUAUUUACAUAUAAAUAUUAGUUCAUCAUUAACUAAUGGCUUAUAAAUGACUUAUAACCAUUAUUGUAAAGUCUUACCAAGUAAGCUACAACAACGUGCCAUCAAGACAUGGGUUAUUUUAGGUCAAUAAUAAGAAAUACAAUGUCAGUGUAUUUUGCCUAAACUAUCUGAUAAAGUCCAAGUGUAUCUCUGCCUGAACUUUUAACCACAUCUUUAUUAUCACUGCCCAAACCUGUAACAAGGCUUGGCCAAACCAUUUUAAUGUUCAAUGUGAACAUGUGUUUUUUUAGGAAAUAAAAUACUUUUCCAUUUA